AGUAGAUCGUAGCCGUUGGAGGUGGACAGGAGUGUUUAUAUUAAAAACUACUUUCUACUCGUUCUUGUCUGCCUUUCAUCGAAUUUAACAGGUGAUUUUAUACAGCAGAAGUGGUUGCCAGCAAUUCAGCUCUUGAUUCCGAUAUUUUCAAGACUUCAACAGGGACUGAGAUCAACACUCUUGUGGAAUCAUGCCUUUAUUUGGUUCAUCCAAAAAGACUCCUGCAGAACUCGUAAAGAUUGCUAGGGAAUGCUUGCAAACUAUCCACUCCCAUGAUACUGAGUCCUCUGGAAGCAAAAAAUAUGACAAGGCAUUGGAGGAACUUGCUAAAACUCUAAAUGCGAUGAAGAUAAUUUUGUAUGGAUCUGGAGACCAAGGUCCAGUGACGGAACAAGUGGCCCAGCUUGCACAAGAGACAUACAGUCAUGAUGUCUUCAGUCAUCUUUUAACAGAGCUUCACAAACUAGAUUUUGAGAGUAAGAAAGAUGUUGCUCAAAUAUUUAACUGUAUUCUCAGAAGGCAAAUCGGAACUCGAAGUCCAACUGUGGAGUACAUUUUUGACAACUCUGAGAUACUUUUUAUCCUAGUCAGAGGUUAUGAAAGCCAUGAAGUGGCUUUGAACAAAGGGAUCAUGCUCAGGGAAUGUGUUAAACAUGAACCCUUAGCCAGAAUUGUCCUAGAAAGUGAAAGGUUCUACAAGUUCUUUGAAUAUGUUGAAAUGUCAACUUUUGAUAUAGCAUCUGAUGCAUUUUCAACAUUCAAGGAGCUCCUUACAAGGCAUAAGAUUCUGUGUGCACACUUUCUGGAGCAGAAUUACGAAAAGUUUUUUGGACACUAUUCCAAGUUACUACACUCAGAUAAUUAUGUUACUAAAAGACAGUCACUAAAGCUUCUAGGUGAGCUGUUAUUGGAUCGUCAUAACUUCACAGUGAUGACAAAGUACAUAAGUAAUCCUGAGAAUCUGAAACUGAUGAUGAACAUGCUCAGAGACAAGAGUAGAAACAUUCAGUUUGAAGCAUUCCAUGUAUUCAAGGUAUUUGUUGCAAAUCCCAAUAAAACCCCACCAAUCCAGGAAAUUCUUGUUAAGAACAAAGACAAACUUGUUGAGUUCCUGACUAGUUUUCACAACGACAGAACAGAAGAUGAGCAGUUUAAUGAUGAAAAAAUCUAUCUAAUCAAGCAGAUUAAAGAACUGUAAUCACCUCAGCUUAAGAAUUAAUGUAAAUCUUAUUUUGUAUCCAAUAUCAAGUAUGUUUUUAACACCAGUGAUCUUCACGUUGUCCAGAAUGAAUGAGCUAUAGUACAUCAUACAGCUCUUGGCAAAACUGUCAGGGGUGUAAGCCAGGGAACCAGUGCCUAUUUUGAUGGAAAAAUGUAUCAUGCUAUGUAAUAAGUGAGCUUAGAAUACUUCUAACAAAGAGGAAGGUUCUUUGAGACGAACAAGAAAGAUCGAUUCAUUAAUGAGUGGAGCCCAAGGAUACCAUGUAUUUGUAUAAAUUAUAUUAUGAGUUGGAGAUUUCAAUCGCGCGAUGGCUGAUUAGGAGAAAGCGUAAAUAAGCUAUCACGCAUAGAAAGCGAAAGGAAAUGGUCUAAUUGUAUGAGUAUAAAUCUUCAAGUUAUUCAAAACUUAACAACAAGACGGGCUUAUCUUUUUAUGUCAUUUUGUUUGCAGCCAUACACUGUUCACUUGGCUCAGUGUUCACAACUGAACGGAACAGUCAGCGAGUAGCUUAGCCAAUCAGUUUACAGUAUGGCGCUUUGCCUUUUAACGCACAAAAUUCAAUUUGCAAUUCUCCCGUCUAGCUGCUAGACAAUUCCUGCUGAUUUAAUCAAGAGAAUUUGGUAUUUUAUGUAAGUGACGCCCAUUAACUGAUUCUCUCGACGUGUUUACAGAGUAAUGUAUCCAUUUUGUUAGGAGAAGUUAUAUUUCAAUUAUCUGUGAGAGUUGAAGGAUAUACGAAGAGAGGAUGAAGCUGAGGGACCGAAUUUCGCAUUUCUAAUGUAAAUACUUUCCUGUCUUGAUAUUUUUUAGGUUUUUCCCGUUUUCUUAGAUCCCACAGGGAUGCAAAAAUAACCAAUCAGGUGUCACGAAUUUUCUCUUAUGGACGUUCCCUGGGGUCCCCAGCUCGUUCUCCACCAAAACAUACAAGUAACACGCGAGGUGCAUGAAACGGUAAUUCCAGCACGCCAAACAACUAGAAGCUAAACAGAACUUAUAGUAUUCCUUUUGGAAGAAGUCCCAAGUUGGUUCUUUUUUUCAGCUUGAUCCUGUCGUCGUUCCACAAACUGCCUUAUUCGUACCGAGUAUCAUUGACAUCUUUGAGAUCUUAAUUCUUGAACUUGUGUUGAUUCUAUAGUUAAAGGUUUUAUUGUUUUAUUAUCUUCUACUUGUAAAUCAGAGAGAGUUAUUUCGUGAGUAAAUUCAGGGUUUUAAUGGAUCGAUCCUAGCUUGUCUUUUCUUGAUAACAUAGUUCGCCGUAACAUGUGCUGAGAACAUUCACACAUUUCGUGGCCGAUUGUCCUCUCUCUGCAGACCAGCUGAGACCUGCUCUAGCUUUGGUUUUAGUUCACCUUAUAUGGACUCGGUAACUGUUUUUAGUGCGAUACUAAUAUCACGUUUGUUAAGUUAGAUUAAUCAUUUGAUGGUGCUCAAGACCUUGAGGAGCUUCAUCACGGCUAAUGCAAUUUGAAAAAUGGGCCAAAUUUUCAAGGUUUUCCACCAUGUCAAUCUUCUUUAUUCUUAACAAUCGUCGUUCUCUUUUGAGAUAUUCUGGCGUCUUUGGUAUUUAUUAGUAAUAACAAAGUAUUAAAGGUUUUUUCCGAUUAAGAUUGUGGAAAAAUGUACGAUUUAUAUCCGCAGAUGGUCAACAACGUAAAAGUGCUCUGUUUUUUUGUAUAAAAAAAUUGUCUACUGGUAAGAGAUUUAUUCAAGCGAGGGUUUUGCGUUGAAUUUCUGGGUUUUAGAAGAAAGGAAGAUGGAAUUAAAACAUUCUCACAUUUAAA